GCACGACAUAAUCAGGGUGGGGAAGCAGUAUAAAUAUUACAUCAACACUUCCUGGUCGGCACAGCUUACUGAGACACGGAUGACUGGAGAGUUGAGCUGGAGUAAGACUUUUAGUAAGUAAAUAGUAAGACUUUGUUUUACAGUGCUUUAUGAAGACAUCUUUAUGAAGACAUCUUUGUUAGACUGAGGAGAGGGUCAAUGGCCUCUAACAAGGCUGUAUCACAUGCUGAAAACCUACGCAAAUUACAAGAAACAUAUGAUUUGUGUGUACGAUGUAGCAGGUGCUGUGAAGGAAAAACUGAUAUUUCAUAUAAUCUCGUGGCCCUCACCCAUCAGUGUCCCAGAAAUAUUCUAUUGGCUAGACAGAAGGGCAAUAAUAAAGAAUGGAGGGCAGUGGCCCAACGGCCACAAUUCCCACAGCCUUCAAGGUAUGAAGUUUGCUGGCACUUUACUGAGGGGAAGGGCUGUAAAGUACAUGGGCAAAGAUGUUCUUAUGCCAGAAGCACAGAAGAGGCAGCAGUGUGGAACUUCUUGAAGAAUGAAUGGCUUGAUUUCACUCAGCUCAUCAACAUGUUACCCAAUGGCUCUACAUUCCCAACCCAUCAGGAAAACCUGGCACCAUCUUUAGGAUGCCUUGGGGCAGUGCAGCAGAUCCUUUCUAGCUUCAAGGGAACAUUUGUAGAACUCUGCAAGAACUGCUUCCAUGAAAGUCCUCAAAAGAUCUCCUCAAGAGAGCAAGGGACAGUUUGCACUGGACAUAGCUGGAGUCCUAUUCUGGUUUUUCGUCAGAAUGGGGAACAGAAAAGGGUGAUCUAUGAUGAGAUCAGACCCCUGCCCAAACAUAAUAACCGGCAGUGGUAUUACUGUAAGUAUGUAAUAAAGGGAGAACCAUGCUGGCAUGGUGCUCAUCGCUGCUGGUUUGCCCAUAGUUGCAUAGAGAAGACUGUGUGGGAGUCAGAGAGCAAAGGAAUUCUAGAUCGUUCCCAUCUUCUCCACGCUUCCCAGAGACAGCAGUCACAGAGUUCUGGGGCAAGCUCACGUACAGUAUCGCAAGAGCGAGAGCGGCAGCAUUACUGUAAAGUCUGUAAGGCCAGUUUCCCAUCAAAUGAGGAAUUUCUGAAUCACUGUUUCACAGUGAAACACAGGAAACUGAUUUAUGAAGACACAUCCUCCACAUGGCAAUACCGUGAUCCACCCUGGACAACCAAAGUCUUUAAGCUGUGUGAAAGGAGGGCCACUUGUGAGUAUGGAGAUAACUGCAUGGAUGCACACAGUAUAGAGGAACUCAAGGAAUGGCAGGAUCGACGCAAAGCUGCACGGAAAAAAACACAUGCAGCAGAGAAGGAGGGUCUUCUGUCAUACCAAGACUCUUUACUAGAAGAGUACAGGCGUAGCAAGAACAAAGAUAAGAUUAUGGUGGCGACUCUCCCAGAGGUAUCUGUUAGCUGUGACUCUGAUCUUAUCAUCGCUGUAAGACAGGAACACAUACCCCAUAGAUGGAAAUUCACUGUGACAUCAAAGGUAGCUUUGGAUGUGGUUGCUUUAAUGAGGCAGGAUGUAGGGGCAACAUUUGUUCUUGGUGAGGAUAGCCGUGAAGAGCGUUCCUACUCCAGUGGCAUUUGGUUUCAAACCCAAGCCAUAUCAAACACUCAAAAAGUGUAUGAAGUUAUAGUGUCCUUCACAUCUGACCACAAAGGCUUCUAUGAACAGUGGCUCGUGUUUGACUUUGAUAUGAGGCCAGUUCUGCUGCAAAAACUCAAAGUCAUAGUAGGGGAGCAGCUGUCACAGAGAGUUCAAGACACUGAAAGCACUCAACAGACUAUUGAUUCAUUUAGUAGUACACUGGAAACACAGCACGCACAAUACACUGAGCAAAUCUGGCAAGAAGGAACUGUAGAAAUUGUCCCAUACUGUGAGAGGACGGAGGCAAAGCAAAAGCUGCUAAAUAGGUACCGGCACCCUGUGACACCCCUGAGCACAGAGACCACAGGACCUGGACCAAUCACCCACCAGAAUUACAAAGAGAAAAUGCACAGCUUUCUCUACCAAGAAGAAAUGGAACAAGACAAUCUGGUUAGGAGGCUGAACCUGCGAGGGAGUAUGUCUCUGAAAAGCCAAUUGUAUGAGCCCUGGUUUGGACUGAAAUUUCCCCUUGCAGGGGAGCUUUUUGGUAGCAUGUCUGUCUCCCACUCCCUCACUCCUGAUACACCGGAGGGCUACAUUGUGAAGAGAGAUGUUCAUUCAGCCCUUGUGGGCCUAACAAAAACUGAAGGUGGCGUUCAACGUGUUUAUGAGGCUAAAGUUCUUAAAGAUACUGUUGAUGAAGCACAAGUGCAUGUGCAGCUCUCUAACAGAUGCUGUACUGAACUGAAACUUGAGAGGAAUCAAACAGUUGAGAUGGAGAUUCAGUUCCAGUUGGACCGCAUAUGGUUCUGCGAAAUGCACAAGGCUGUUGACAUCUUGCCAGAUCUUAGGAGGGUCCUACCUGACCUGAGUGACAACAAUGUCCAAGUUCUCGUUAAUUCAAGUCCUGGAGAGCUGAAUGAAAAGCAGCAAGCUGCUAUGGAUUUUAUCCUACAAGCAUCUGAUCACAGAAGUAACAUGGCACCGCUGCUGAUAUAUGGGCCUUUUGGAACUGGGAAAACUUUCACUCUGGCAAAGAUUACCCUAGCUCUUGCAGAGAAACCACAAAACAAAAUCUUGAUCUGUACACAUACCAACAGCUCUGCUGAUCUUUAUGUCAAAGAUCAUUUCCACAAUAGUGUAACUCCUGAUCAUCCAAACAGACCUCUAAGAAUAAAGGCACAGGAAAUUUCCCUCAAAACUACUGAUCUUGUCACGCGACAGUACUGCCAUUUAUCCAAAUGUGGCGAAUAUUUUGAGUUCCCUGACAGAAAGACUCUGGAUGCAACAAGGAUCAUUAUAACAACUACAGCACUGGCACGAUUGUUCCAUAACAUGCAACUUCCAUCUGACUACUUCAGUCACAUCUUCAUUGACGAAGCCUCUCAGAUGUUAGAGUGUCAAGCGUUAAUGGCUCUUGGCUUGGCAGGAGACAAGACUCAAGUAGUUUUAGCUGGAGAUCAUAUGCAGAUGGGACCCAAGUUGUUCUCUGUGGGAGAAGACAAGCGCUCAGACUAUACCUUACUAAACCGUCUCUUCCACUACUAUCAGACAGAGAACACCAUCACUGCUAUGAAUAGCCGAAUUAUCUUCAAUGAAAACUAUCGCUCCACAAAGGAAAUUGUGGAAUUUGUGUCCACUCAUUUCUAUGUUGGAAAGAAGGAUGUUAUCAAAGCCAAAGGAAAUGUACCCCCUCAUCCAGACCAAAACACUCUACAGUUCUAUUACGUCCGAGGAGAAUGCCAUUUAGAUAAAACAUCCUUGACUUGGUUCAAUCCAGCACAAAUCCAAUGGCUUGUUGAUGCUGUCUUGGAAGUAAGGAGUCAAUGGCCAGAGAAGUGGCAACCAUGGGAUCCAGCAUCUGUCUGUGUGCUUUCACAGGGCAGUCAGGUGUAUGAAAUUAGGAAAAGACUGAAACAGGUAAACCUGCAUGCUGUCACAGUGGAGAACGCAGAAAAUGUGCAAGGAAAACAAUUCAGAGUAAUCAUAAUAACCACUGUGCACACCAAAGACAGCUUGAAGGUGACUGAACAUACCUGUCUGGAGUUCUUCAAUGACAUGCGUGUGCUGAACACAGCCAUAACCAGAGCUCAGUCCCAAGUUAUUGUAGUUGGAGACGCUGCUGCUCUUUGCUGCUCUCAAUUUGGGAAGUGCUGGAGACUUUGGAGGUCUUACAUCAAGCACUGCAUUUGUAAUGGAAGUUUUUAUCCUCAAGGUUUCACUUUGGACCAUUUGGAUCAUGAGCUUCUAGAGCUCUCAACCAUGAUCAAAACUGAGGAAGAUGACAGCAGUGAUGAUGAAUCAGUCACCUCAGACGUGCCAGACAUGUAUGACGAUCCCAUACUGAAAGAGCUCCUUGAUGAACACAGUGAUCUGCAGAUAAAAUUAACAGAGGAAGGCUUGUUUCCUGUAUUUCAGACUGACAAUCUUGACAACAAUCUGGUGAGGCACGUGAAGGAAAGAGAACCUUCCAGACUUCAACCACACAUGAUAUGGAAGGACAACUCUGACAUGUACAAAUGUGAGUUAGUUUUGGAGAGAUAUGACUCAGGCUACGCUAUGCCACUUGCUGAGCCCACCUUACAGAUAGAGAUCAAAGGCAGAAAGAACGUGGGGCAAUCACUCUCUGGAGAUGUGGUAAUAGUGGAGAUUCUGACCUCUGAGACAUUGCCACCAAAGGGAAAAGUGAUUGAAGUGCUUGAGCGUGCAGCUUUGUCCAAGGAGUUUGUCUGCACUAUUGACAAAAAUGAUGAUCAAGUGAUGACACCAAUCAACAUAUGCGUCCCUAAAUUAUUCACACCAUUUUGGAAAGACAAACCAAACCAUAUUGCCAUAAGAAAUCCAGAGAACUGGUCUGUAGAGAGGUUCAUCAAGAUUAACGAGGAAGCCCGCAGAAACUAUCUGUUUGUUGUCAAAUUCUUAAAGUGGCACAAGCGCUUCCAGUAUCCUUUAGGGAUUGUUGUAAAAGUACUUCCAAGAGUUUCUUCACUAGAGGAUGGACUGAAGGUUCUUGACAAAGAGUACCAACUAAAAAGAACUGUUUCUUCAGCUGUUCAAGAAGAAAUGAAGAAUUUCAAAAAAGUUCCUUUAUUUACAAAUGGCCGAGAAGAUUUUCGUGAGUUACUGACAUUCACCAUAGAUGGACCAACUUCACAAGACCUUGAUGAUGCCAUUAGUGUGAGAGAUUUAGGCCAGUGCUAUGAAAUAGGGAUUCACAUUGCUGAUGUUGCAAGCUUUGUGGCUAAAGAUAGUGAACUAGACAAAUAUGCAAAGCAGCAAGGAACUGCAUUCUACCUUUCAGAAGGAGAACCCACAUAUAUGUUCCCGAAAGACUUGAGCACCAAAGACUUCAGUUUACUCCCUAACUGUGAGCGACGCUGCAUUUCACUGAUGACUGAAGUUGACAAGCAGACAAACUGGAUACGAAGGAGGAUGUUUUUCAAAUCGGUGAUUUGCUCUAAAAAGAAGCUCACCUACUCUGAGGUUGAGGAAAUCUUGAGAACCUCAGGUAACAAUUAUGACUUCAACACACUGGAGGGAUGUCUUGCCAUAGCAUGCCACUUUGCUGAGGUUCAUAGGAAACACAGAAAGCAGGAUGACUGGUGCUACAAGUCACCUGACGAAGAUGCAGUUCUUGGAAGAAGACGGUCUCACAGGCUGGUGGAAGAGCUGAUGAUCAUGUUCAACCACACAGUCGCUGAUCGGCUUCUGUCGGACCAAAGCACCAAGAGCCUAGCUCCUCUUAGAUGCCAGGACAGUCCAAAUUUGACGGAGCUUCGUCAGCUUCUUGACAGAAAUGCCUCAUUGAUUCCAAUGUCUAUUCAUCUGUCAUCCCAACAUGAUCACACAGAACCUGAUCACUUUCAUCUGAUGCAUCAAAAUGAUUAUUCUGAACAGAAGGCACCAAUCUCUGAUUCUGGGUCCUUUCCUCUAUUGGUGUCAGUCUUAAGAAAUCUUAAGAUUGCUGCAAAUGACAAAGAUAUUUACAGAAUAGUUGAUCUUAUUACAACUGAUGACAUUCAUCCGCUCCUUCUUCCACUUAUGAUUAACUUGAGGAGGCUCCUUUACAAAUCAAAUGUAUUGCGUGCUAACUCAACACACCUCUCACGAAUUGGGCACCACGAUUUGGAGCUGGACAGCUACACCUGGGCAUCCUCCCCAAUCCGUCGCUACAUAGAUGUCAUUGUGCAACGACUUCUUCACUCCGUGCUUGACAACUCUAAAAUCGAGUACACUACUCUUGACGUUGAUCUGUGCUGUGUUGAAUUUACUCUGAAAAACAACAAUCAGUCUGCAUGCCAGAAGAAAUCACAUGCUUUAAGUCUUGCUUCAAAGCUGUCCAGUCAAAAUGCAAGAAAGGUUGCUUAUAUUGUUGAAGUCAUUCCCACUGGAAACAACUUCAAGAUAAGCUUUCCACUGAACAGAACCUCCCUUCCAGAGGUGGUUGGCAUUAUGUACAGAGAUCUUCAGUUAGCAGAUCAGCCAAUGUAUGAUGUAAAUGAUUGCAUGGUACUGAGUUGGGCAAGAAGAGUGUAUUCCUUUUCAAGUCCCAGCAUCCAUACUGAGCUUAAUCAACAAGAAGCCAAUUCUGUCAUAGCUGUGCCCACUGAGUCCUGGAAACACCUUCUGUCGGCUAUCAAAGAGGAAAAAUGCGACCUCAUUUUCCAGACUAUUGAGAAAAUGACCUCAACUGUGCACACAAGACAAAGGGUGAGAGAAAACACAAACAUUUCUGCAACAGCCUCAAGGAUGCAGAUGCUCAAUCAAGAGGAGCAUUACAUUAACAUAUCAUUAGAACUAAAGCAUGGCAAAACUAUCGAGGUACAGUUAGGCACAGAUACUGCUCGGGGACUUUUGGUACCAGCAGUUCAGCUGCUUAUUGUGAACCCAAAAUUUGAGAUUUGCUUGGAACAUACUAAAAAUCCUAUUGUGAGUUUUUCAAAAUACGCUCUCUGCUCCUCAAGACUAUCAUAUAAUACAUACAUGGAUUAUCAAAAAAUAUGGAAACCUCUGUGUGAAAUGGAGUCAGCCUGUAGUGCUGUGGCCGAAAACGAGAGCAUUAUCAUUGAAGAUGCAGAACUGAAAUGGAACAAUUCUGAAGAUUGUCUUAAGGGAUCCUUUCACCUGCCUCUUGAGAAGAAAGCUCAGUGGGCUAUUGAUGGCAACCUUAGAAAUUGUUUCUUAUGCAUUCGCUUGAGAAUCCAGCAGCACGACAUAAGUCCACUUCUGGAAGACUUGCUUACAGAUUCUCAAGAUUUGAAUCUCAUGGACGUUCCUGGUCUCAUUUGGAUAGCCCAUGGAGUAGUGACCAAAGUCUCAGGGGAGGAAGAGUCAAGAGAGCUCACAUAUAUGGAGAUCGAUUUCCAUAUCAAUCACAUGCCUAUGACAAACAUUCCAGAUCAAGUCUUCCAUGAGAGUGCAAGAUUCACAAUGGAGCUGAUACCAAAGCUUCUGCCAGAUGUACGCAAAGAGAACGCUGUUGAAAAUCUUACAACAGCUAACCAGCUUGUGAAGGCCAUUGCUACUGGUAAAAAGACACAAGACAGAAGAACUAAAAUCAAUCAAUCCAGAUUUGAGAUUGAGAACCAUCAUUCUUUUGGAUUUCCCAAACUAAACAACAGUCAAUCCAAAGCCAUAAAGGAAGCACUGAGCAACGAGUUCACUCUUAUUCAAGGACCACCAGGGACUGGAAAAACAGUGGUUGGCGUCCACAUUGUAUAUUGGUUCUUCCAAGAAAACCAAAAACAUCUUCAAAGAGUUAAGAAUGAAGACCUAAAGAAGACGUGCAUUUUGUACUGUGGUCCAUCAAACAAAUCUGUUGAUGUGGUAGCAGGUCAACUCCUGAAUCUUCAAGGAAAAUUGAAACCACUGAGGGUCUACAGUGAUCAGAUGGAGAUUCUGGAGUUUCCAUACCCAGGCAGCACCCUGAAGCUUUCACGUCAUUCUAAAAGAGUUGAGAAACCCAACAAAGAAUUCAGGUCCAUUACAUUACAUCAUAGGAUUCGUGGGGCUCAUAACCCAUACUCAGCUCAAAUACAGGCAUUUGAUUUGAAAUUCCAAAGAGAGCAGUACCUCACUGAUGAAGAAAUGAGAAGCUACAAGGAUUGCCUGAAGAAGGCUCGUAAACAUGAGCUGCUGCAGCAUGAUGUCAUCCUCUGCACUUGCACAGCUGCCUCACAUCCAAUCUUGGCUGAUGUUCUCAACUUUCAGCAGAUCAUCAUUGAUGAGUGUGCCAUGGCAACAGAGCCGGAAGCCUUCAUUCCCUUGGUCACACACAAACCCAAACAGAUUGUUCUACUAGGUGAUCAUAAGCAGUUGCAACCUGUGGUCAAUUGUGAGUUGCUGCAGAGAUUGGGAAUGAGGCGAUCUCUGUUUGAACGUUACAUGAGGAAAGCACUAAUGCUUGAUACUCAGUACAGAAUGCAAGAAGACAUUUGUGCAUUUCCUUCUCAAGAGUUUUAUGAAGGAAAACUGAAGACUGGAAUACGUUACAGACAAAGUGUUUUCAUGAACCGGUUUAAUUAUGCAACAUCCAUCAUCUUUGGUCAUGUAGAAGGCAAGGAGCUGAGUCUAGUGGUUGCAACUGACCGAGGGAAUGAAAACUCAAAGGCAAACAUUGAAGAGGCAGAGGAGGCGGUCCGAACUGCCAGGGAUCUAAUUAAUGCUGGAAUAAGCGCAAAUGAAAUUGCUAUCUUGACACCAUACAAUGCUCAGGUGGCAAAAAUCAAGGACAUCUGGGAAAAAUACAACACCAAAUGCAUCACAGUGAACACGAUCAUGAAGAGUCAAGGAAGUGAAUGGCGGUAUGUCAUCUUGUCGACUGUACGCUCUUGCCCUGCGUCAGACAUUGAAACAGAACCCACCAAAGCCUGGCUCAUAAAGAGACUGGGAUUUGUCAUGGACCCCCACCAAGUCAAUGUGGGCAUCACCAGAGCCCAAGAGGGACUGUGCAUUAUUGGUAAUAGGGACUUGCUUCGGUGCAACUACCUGUGGAGAAAACUUCUGAACCAUUAUGAAGAAAAAAGCUGUGUGGUGGAUCCAGCACGGAACAUCCAGAUCGCACGUGCAUGAGCUACAGUUGGACUGGGUGAAUUACAGACUCUUGAGUGUCACUGAGCUGCUUACAAGCUUCAGUGAGCUGGCUUAUGUGAGCAAUGUUGUGGCUCGAGGAACUACUGAACUUUGCUCAGGCAGUUUUGUUUGCUCAUGGAAAGCAAUUGUUGUACUCAUGAAAGAAAAACGAACAUGUAAACAACCCUGAAGCUUUCUUGCUGUUACUGCUGCUGUUUUAGUCAGUAAAAGUGAUAAUCACACAUUUUGUAUAUCGUCAUAUUGUAAAUAUUGUAACAAAAUUAUUGAAAUUCUUGAUAAACAGAUUUAUUCUUUGUUACAUUUAAUUUCUAUGGCACUGAAAAUACUAAUUACUGCUUACAAACAUGGUCAUGAAAAUAUCACAUUGUAAAAUAAAAUAAGAUGCAGAACAUUUGUGCUAUGAGUAAAUAAUGGUAUCAAAAGCUGAGGUGUUUAAGGGGACCAUAUCAGUGAAAGUUUAAAGUACUAUAAAAACAUUGCUUAUGUUUUAAAACAUUCACUUUACAGUCCAAGCUGCAAAUGUCUGUUUUGAGUUAACUCUAUUUGAGUUAAACUCUUUGUACAACUCAUUAUAAAUUUAAAUAUUUCAUCACCACUUUAAAAUAAAUAACUUUUAAGCACUAAAUGACUAAAUACUAGAUACUAUUAUCUCCUUUUUUAUUGUGGGACCUCAGAAUACACCAGUUUGGUAGAAUGGACCAUAUAUCAGAACUGCUGGAUAAUAGCUGUAUUAAUAAUAAAGAAAACUCCUAUCAGCUUGCCAUGGAUGCAGUUUGCGAGAUUUAAUUAAACAGCACCAUCUAUUGGGCCACAAAUGUUAAGGGGCAAAAUGAAUUACAGUAUUCUACUCAAUAUAUGCCAGACUAUCAAAUGAUCCUACCUAUAUUACAUAUAUCUCUUAAGGUUUUCAGUUGCACCUUUUUUUCAACAGUGGAGUAAAGAGUUUUUUUUUUGUCUACAACUUUCACUGGCACUUUUCACUCUGGCUCUCUUAAGUCCCAAACAAAUAACAGAUAUAAUCUAAAAUGUAAAUGAAACCAAAGCUUAGGGUGUCCUAAGUGGUAAAAGUGGUAAAUUUUGUAGAUAUUUCACUGGUGUGAUGACAUAUUGAGUGGAUGUUGUGCAUUUUGUUACAACCAGCCUCCUAACGGUAGAUGUAAAAGUUACCUUUUUUAUUUAUUUGGUGUUAUUUUUUAGAAACUCACUAAUAUAUUUUUUUCACAUUGCAAAUGCUAUGAAAUUUGCUGGAAAAUUAAUAAUAUCAUUUCUUUUCAAACUGUACAGCCUCACAAAAAAUGUACAAACCUGUCAACAGGUGGGUUACCAUCAAUUAAUAGUUUCAGUUACACUGUUAGAAAUAAAGGUACCAUACUAUGCA